CAGUGAGGAGAAAACCUUGUUUUUGCAAAUCUGACGAGGAGCGCCACGGCGGAUCGUCCCCGGGCUGCGCAUCAAAAUGUCGGCCAUCUCUGCAGCCGAGAAAGUGGACGGAUUUACGAGAAAGUCGGUGAGGAAGGCCCAGAAACAGAGAAAAUCUCCCAGCUCGUCUCAGUACAGGACUCAGAUCGCCCCGGUGGAGCUUUCACCGCUGCCUCAGCUCAAAGACGCUCCCUCCACUGAGCAGCAGGAACUUUUCACCCAGAAACUCCAGCAGUGCUGCAUGCUCUUUGACUUCCUGGACUCUGUGACGGACCUGAAGAGCAAGGAGAUCAAGAGGGCCACACUGAAUGAGUUGGUGGACUAUGUGUCCACCAACAGAGGAGUGCUUGUUGAAUCUGCAUACCCUGAGAUCACCGCGAUGAUCAGCACAAACAUAUUCCGUACACUUGCUCCAAGCGACAACCCAGAUUUUGACCCGGAGGAGGAUGAACCCACUUUAGAAGCUUCAUGGCCACAUAUCCAACUUGUCUAUGAGUUUCUUCUGCGUUUCCUCGAGAAUCCGGAUUUCCAGCCCAGUAUUGCAAAACGCUACAUUGAUCAGAAGUUUGUACUUCAGCUUCUAGAACUGUUUGACAGCGAGGAUCCAAGAGAGAGGGACUUCCUGAAGACCAUCCUGCAUCGGAUUUAUGGAAAGUUCCUCGGGUUACGAGCCUUCAUCAGGAAGCAGAUCAACAACAUCUUCUUGCGGUUUAUCUAUGAGACUGAACAUUUCAAUGGGGUUGCUGAGCUCUUAGAAAUUCUAGGAAGUAUCAUCAAUGGGUUUGCACUGCCUUUGAAAGCAGAACACAAACAGUUCCUGAUGAAGGUGCUCAUCCCAUUGCACACAGCAAAGGGACUGGCUCUCUUUCAUGCUCAGCUGGCAUAUUGCGUGGUCCAGUUCCUGGAAAAGGAUCCGACACUAACUGAACCGGUUAUCCGAGGCUUGCUGAAGUUUUGGCCCAAGACCUGCAGCCAGAAAGAGGUGAUGUUCCUGGGUGAGAUUGAGGAGAUCUUGGAUGUCAUUGAGCCUACACAGUUCAAGAAAAUCCAGGAGCCAUUGUUCAAGCAGAUUGCCAGAUGUGUGGCCAAUCCACAUUUUCAAGUAGCAGAGCGAGCGCUGUACUUCUGGAAUAAUGAGUACAUUCUCAGCCUCAUCGAGGAGAACAUCGACAAGGUUCUCCCCAUCAUGUUCUGUAGCCUGUACAGAAUUUCCAAAGAGCACUGGAAUCCGACUAUCGUAGCUCUGGUCUACAAUGUGCUGAAGACACUGAUGGAGAUGAACUGUACACUCUUUGAUGAGUUAACCUCCUCCUAUAAAUCAGACCGGCAAAGGGAAAAGAAGAAGGAGCAGGACCGCGAUGAGCUGUGGAAGAAGCUGGAUGAGCUGAGGCUCAGCAACAGUACACUAGAACAGAACAACAGCCACAAGCUCCUAAGUGUUCAGAACAACAACAAGAAUAGCAAUAAUAAUAACCAGAAUAGCCAGUGAGGUUUUGUCUUUAAUGGACUGACUUCAUCUCCAGGUUUGUCGGGAAAGGAUGAACACAGAUGGGGAGGAGGGGGUGGAGUGGUGUUGAGACACCUCAGCAAUUUUAGAAAACAUUGAGUGACUUUGAACGCCUCAAGGAAAAAGAUUUGACAUUACCGGCACUAUAUCGUUGAUUUUUCUGCUCUCAUUGUAUUCCGUGUACACGUCGGCGGGGGGGGAGAAAAAAAUGACUUGAAUUCAGCAACUCAAGAUUGUUUCUGCCACAAGACUCAGAUUGUUUCUGCCACCAGCUGAAUCUCUCAACAAAGAUGUCUAUUUUGUACUGUCGUCGCUGCCAACACUUGUGUGCUGCUGACCUUGGGGGUGCAGUUAAGAGGCAGACGGGACCACGCCCACCAGGAGACUUGCUGAAAUGUACACAAAACAACCUCCAAUGAUAGAGGUGGAACAAUCAUUCUAAACAUACCAAUUGAUUGUGUCUAUGUCUGGAUCUUGCAGGGGUGUUUGGAGUUGAAUAUUGUUCUUCACAGUUAGUUUUACAUUUCAGGUAAAUAAUUUUUUUUUUAUCUGGGUGAAACCAUGGGAGCAGCACAGCAGCUUUUAUUCCGAGUAUUUACACUGAAGUAUUGACACAGGGCUUUCAAUUUCCACUUUUUAGCCUGGAUUAGUGUUAGGAGGUGAAUUGAUAAUUGCGUGAUCAUGUUGGGGGAUACUGUGACGCUGCUGUCAUGUCUUUCAGUAUAUUAAUAGACAAAUAUAUACUGCGAAUAGCUGUUAGCUUAGUGUAAAGCCUGGAAACCAAUACAAAAUUUACAGUGCAUCCGUUUUUUAGAAACAAAUUAAAAAACAGUCUUUGCCCAAAAAUGUUUUUGUUUUAAAUCAAAUUUUCGCGUUUCCAGUCUUUAUGCAAAGAUUCAGCAUAGGAUGUAUUUCUGUCAUGUCUAACUACACAGGCAGGGAAGCAAAGUAUUUUUUUUUUUUUUUUAUUACUUUGAGUUAUUUCUGUAAAAAAAAAAUGUAGAGGGGAAAAUAAGGCAUACAGUACUAUAUUUUUCCAGAAAUUAUUUUUUUGGCAGUCCAUUUCACAAAUGGACUAAACUGGGUUGCCAGGUAGGCUUGAUGAUUGUACAGUAUAUUAGUCGAAUGGUUAUACUUUUAUUAGGGAUGCACCGAUACCACUUUAACGGGCUGCGUCAAGUACAUUUGUGUCUUGGAGACAAGCUGGAGAAAUGUUGUCUCUGCGUGACAGCAGCCUCCGUCACAGCUUGACGAGAUUUCAAAAUUCAUUUUUCAGAGCAUAAUUUGCAGUUGGCUGUAAUGUUAUCAUCUGUGUUUACCUUAAAGUAUUUCAGCACCACUGACAUGACUCCACCAACUGUCAGGCUGAUGAAGUGGUAUUGGUUUGGUAAUAUCAGAGCCUUUUUAUAAGUACAAGUAAUAAUAUAUGGAAUCUGCACCAAUUCUGGUAUUGGUAUCAGUGCUUCCCUAAUUUGUAUGCUAGCUUGGAGGUGAUUUAAAAAAACAAUGCCACUCUAUUUAAAGGGGACCUAUUGAUUAUAUGACGUUGUUGGUUCAGUUAUAAAUGUUUCAAAGUAUUAAUGUAAAUGUACAGUAACAUAACACACAGGUUCUACCUGUGAGAUGAACGGUUUUAUUCUACUGUCAGGUCCAGAUGAUGAUGAUAGUUUGUCAUGUGGUUGACAAUUUAGUAGUAAAAUGUAAAGUUCCUUUCUGACCACCUCCCCUUUGGCAAGUUUAGGGAAGGCCUUAAAGAUACUCUCCUGACCCUAUAAACCACGUUUCAUAUAUAUUAAGAUUCAAUUCACUGAUGGAAUUGUUCAAACGUCACUGUAGUGUUGUCAUUGCGCAUAAACGACAACUGGUCAUGAAAUACACAUUUUCCAGAUUUCCUCGCGUCAAGAUGUAUCAUGAAGUAGUGAAACAAGAAAAUAAACACUUUGUUGUUUUGAGAAGGAAACUUUACUACCUGUUCUUCCUGAUUCUCUUAUGUCUAUAAGUAAACUUUUUUCCUUGUAGUUGUUAGGAAUGGGUGGUCUUCAACUGUCAUUUUUAACUUCAAAUAUUUUCGUUCGGUUUCUCUGCUGCCUUUCUGACGGUACAGCAUUCCAACAUCCAUGAUGUUUAAAUUUACUCGUUUGCGCUGGAAACGGAUAGAACCUGUUUUGUAAUCUCAGAUUUUUCUGAGAUUUCCCUCAUGAAAUAAAGUCCACUAUCUUUCUAUUCCAA